CCGGCCCAGCCCAGCCCAGCCCAGCCCAGCCCGACCCGACUCGUGCCUGGGGCGGCUCCGCCGGGACAGCCCGUGGGGACGCGAGGCUGCUCCGGCGCCACCCGCCGGACCCGGCGCGGUAUAAAAAUACAAAAAAAAUAAAAAUGGAUGAGCUGGACCAUGGAGCAUUGUUUUUAGCUCAUAGGAUUAGUGGUGGAGACAAUGUGGUGGUUCCUGCCAGAAAUGCUCUUUGCAGCCAGAAGUACAAACCUGUUGACUACAAACAUCUGUAUGACCUUGCUGCAGAGGCAAAAAUGGCCUCUGCACAAAUUCAGUUAAAGAUUAAAAAAGCAGAGCAAGUUUCAAAAAUCAGCAAAGAGCAAAUGCUGCUGAAACAGCAUCGUCAGGUGUGGCGGCAAGAGUAUAAAAGACUGAGCGAGAGCAGGCAAAAAGCAGAAGAAGAAAUGAAGACUUUUCUUGAUGAAGAAAGCAAUAAGAGCAACUUCUUUUUUGAUUUGAGGGAACUGGAGCAGAAACUGUCCAAGGAGUGGGACACUUAUCAAACAAACGCUUUAGUUCCUGUCUGGCAGCUGAAGGAGGAUUUGAAACUCAAACUGUCUCAAGUGCAGCGUUACCUCUCAAAAGAAUCUUGUCAGAAGCCCAAGAUCAAUUCAGCUGAGGUGUUACAGCAGAUCAAGUUUAUGAAGAAUCAACAGAAGGCAAUUUUGGAAGGUCUCAUCCUUGAAAGUGUGGCUUUGGAAAGAGAGCUCGAAGAGUACAAAGAAAAUGCAUUGGUGCACUCUUCUGAAGAGAAAAACGGGCUUUUCCUUGAAGUUCCUCCCGAGCUGGUGUCGCUGGAGUGCCCCUGCCCUGACCUGCAGGCCUUGCUGAUGGAGGAGUACCAGGAGCUCGCCAGGGGCUACGGGGCCAAGCUCCAGGAGGUGGAGCAGCAGCUGGAGGCUCUGUCCAGGAACAGUGACUGGAAGGAAGAAGAUCAGUGGGUUUUCCAGACUGUUAUCAAUCAGUACCCAAGCGAUCUCCAGAGGAGGAGGACUUUGUACCUGGAUAUGCUGCAGAGGUAUCUUCCCCACAAAUCCAGGCAGGAGCUGGUUGCUCACGAGAAGGCUCGGGAUCAUUACCAUUCCAUCAGGAACCAGCGCAGAGUCUUGCUGUCAGCCUGGGCUCAGCUUAGGAAAGCCUUUGUCCUUAGGGCAGUGGCUGCUGCUGCUGAAGCUGCUGCUGCUCACGAGGCAGAGGUGGUGCUGGCUGAUUCCAGGCAAAAGCAACUGGAGAUCUGUGCUGAUCUGAAAGCAAAGGUACGUUCGUGGAAAGCACAGCAGGAAGAAGCUGCUAAACUAGAAGCUGCUGUAGCUGCCAGAAGAAAAGAAAAGGAAGAUGAGAGAGAAAGGCUGCAGAGGGAACAGGAAACCAUCCGUAGAGCUCAGGAUAAAGAGAAACUGAAAAAAUACUGGGCUGAGAAAGAGCUGAAGUGGCAAGAACAGGAGGAGAGAGAUCUACAACAACUGGGAGAAUUGAGAAAAUUAAUGGCUGAACAAGCAGCCAGAGACAGAGAAAGGGUGCAGUUCCGACGAGCCCUGCUGGAGAAGCGGCUGCUGCAGAAGAAGGAGCUGGCCCUGCUCCAGGCCCGGCAGCAGGAGGAGAAGGAGAAGCGCCUGGAAGAGCUCCGGCAGCAGGUUGCCAUUGUUGCAAAAUUAGAUCCUGCCAGAGCAGUGGCUGACACGGUGUCGUCAAAAGCUCGGAUGGGCAUUGGAGCCAACGAGGAGUUUGAGCUGCAGCAGCCCCUGUUCAGGUUGCACACCUACAGUGAGGAGCAGGUUAUUUCUGACCCCAGGCUCCGUGUUGAGCUCGCUCUCCGGGAAGCUGGACUGCAUAAAACACUUUAUGCAAGAGAGGUUUUGUCAAAACUUCCACCACUGAAGCUUCCAAGAAGAGACAUGGAAUCUACAGCUUUUAAAAUGUAG